AUGGCUUUCCAGCUAUCCUCCCUCGCCGCAUCGGCGGGCCUGUGCCUGCUGUCAGCUCUUGCCACAGCCUUGGUGGUGCUCACCCUCUACGUCCUGGGCGUCCUCGCGUCCUUCGCCGUCUUCUGCGCCAGAGAGUUCGCCCGGAGAGACCCAGACCGUCCGCCGCUCAUGGGGACGGUGUUCCGGCAGCUCAAGAACUUCGACAGGCUAUUCGACGAGCACGUCGUGUACGCGCUGGCGCAUCGCACCUGCAGGCUGGUCUACCCUGGACACAACGAGCUCUUCACGGCCGACCCGGCCGUCGUUGAGCAUGUCCUCAAGACCAGUUUCAGCAAAUACAGCAAGGGAGCCUACAAUAUUGGAAUUAUGAAGGAUCUGUUCGGGGAUGGAAUUUUUGCAAUAGACGGGGAUAAGUGGAGGCACCAGAGGAAGCUGGCAAGUCAUGAAUUCUCAACCAAAGUGCUACGUGAAUUCAGCAGCGUUGUCUUCAGAGCGAAUGCUACAAGACUGGUAGAUAAGAUAUCAUCAGUUAACAGAACUAUUCUAAACAUGCAGGAUCUUUUGAUGAAAACAACUAUGGAUUCGAUCUUCAAAGUGGGAUUUGGUUUCGAGCUGAACACGCUAUCUGGAUCAGAUGAAUCUAGUGUUCAGUUCAGCAAUGCCUUUGAUGAGGCAAACUCUAUUGUCUACCACCGAUAUGUCGAUCUGUUCUGGCAACUGAAACGGUAUUUCAAUAUCGGAUCAGAAGCGAAGCUUAAAAGGAACAUUCAGAUCCUUGAUGACUUCGUGAUGAAGUUGAUCCACCAAAAGAGGGAGCAAAUGAAUGGGCAAGAUAAUAAAACCAGAGAGGACAUACUAUCAAGAUUCAUAAUAGCAAGCAAGGAGGACCCUGAAACGAUCAAUGAUCGUUACCUGCGUGACAUAGUCCUCAAUUUUCUGAUUGCUGGGAAAGACACAACUGGGAACACACUCUCCUGGUUCUUCUACAUGCUUUGCAAGAAUCCUAUAGUGCAGGAUAAAGUUGCCCUCGAAAUCAAGGAGACCGUUAAGUGGGCUGAGGAAGAUAACAACACAGAAGACUUCACUGCAAGAUUGAAUGACGGAGCAAUUGACAAAAUGCACUACCUCCACGCUGCAAUCUCUGAGACACUACGGCUGUAUCCAGCUGUUCCAAUGGAUGGUAAGAUGGUGGAAGAAGAUGAUGUACUACCUAAUGGCUAUAAAGCGAUAAAAGGAGAUGGCAUGAACUACAUGAUAUAUGCAAUGGGGAGGAUGACAUACCUCUGGGGUGAAGAUGCUGAAGAUUUCAAGCCAGAAAGAUGGAUUGCGAAUGGAGUCUUCCAGCAAGAGAGUCCUUACAAAUUUGUGUCCUUCAAUGCGGGGCCCCGCAUCUGCUUGGGGAAAGAGUUUGCAUAUAGGCAGAUGAAGAUCAUGGCAGCCACCCUGAUACACUUCUUCAGGUUCAAACUGGCAGAUGAAUCCAAGGAUGCUACAUACAAAACAAUGUUUACCCUACACAUGGAUAAAGGGCUCCAGUUGUAUGCAUACCCACGUUCAACUUGA